GUCACUGGUAGGACGUUUUCAAUUGUUGACGUGGUCAUUGAUUUGAAAUUUGAAUACGGUAGGAAGUUAUCCUGCAGUGUCGUACUUCGUUAUGUCUACCAUAUUUCCGGUUUUUCUUACUUCAAAUUCCCCAUUAAGGCCCUCAUUUUAAAUCCAUCGCUCUGGUUUCUGUCAGUCACUUCGAAUGCCUUAAGAAUCUUGCAUUCACGAUCAAGUAAUUUACCAAUUAUCAUAUUGAUUGGUAUUUAGUUUAGAGGGAAAAUAUGAACUAUCAGAGGUUCUUAUCAUGGUCACUUAUUACUUUGGGAUGUGAUUGUUGUUAAUUUAAUGGUCAUUACUUGCUCACAAUAGUGUAGCUAUAGCUACAUAUGUAAUGCUGAGUUUGUUCGCGGAUUCGUUUUUCGAAAUAUUCUAUAGUCCUGUUUCUGUAUUCAAAAUAAAAUUUAAACUGUCCAACGAUUAUAAAGUGGAAAUGUAAUCAAGUGUUUAAGAUAUGGGUAAUUCCUGACUUAUAUUGGACUAUUAAUCUGUAUAUUUGGAUUAAUAAGGAAAAACAAAAUGCGUCUUGGUUGAUAGUUUUAUAGCUACUCUGAAUACUAUAUCGUCGUUUUUUUCAGGACAGUUCAUAGUCACUGUCACUACCUGGCAUAAUGAUAACCCGUAAUGUAUUACAAUGGAAAUCUUUGUUAGGAUUUACCUAGAGCACUCACAAUAUUAGUUAUCUGAAUGUUAACUGGGUUCUACUCAUAAGUGAGUUGAGACCGACCGAGACAUUACAUAUUAAGGUUCAUCUGUGGUGUCGUAACUGCAUCCGUAGCCGGUCAGGAGUUCAUGGGGUGCUUAGUCAGCUCUGUCAAAUCACACCCUUAGAGUUAAGUCUAAGUAGUCUUUGUCAUUCAGCGGUCUGUUAUUUGGUAAUAAACGUCAGUACCAAUUUCUUGGUUACUAUAUUAAGUUGUCGGCACAAAAUAUGCAACAAUGCAUUGCAUGCUUGUCCUAUAUCCAUUUGGCCUGUGAAUGUCCAAAGAAUAAUGUAUGAGUUCUUUAACAGUGAUGAGCUGUCAUUUAUGUCUAUCUAAUAACUAGUUUUGCUCUUAUAAAUUUCUUUCGAACAUAAUACAUUUGGUACUUGGUUCCAACUCCCAUAACUUUUGUUUCUACAAAGUACAGACAAGAAAAAAGGUAUUGUAGACGCCACAAUAGUUCCUGCAGAUGUCUUUUUUAGUAAUUAUUUUCAUGAAUAUUUUGUAAAUAUAUCAAAGCACAUGAGUUGAUGGUAACCUAGAUCUCACCAUGUGAAGGGAAAACAUUCACUCCAUAAUAUACAAAAAGGUGACAUCACUUUACCACAGACAGUCAAAAUCGAGUGACCCUUUUUUCUCUUUCCAAAUACAUCUCACUGGAUUAUACUCCUUAAAUAACAUCUUCAAACCCUAAUUUUUCUGAUUACUGCUUACAAUUUUCCUACCUCUACCAAUAUGGGAUUUGAAUCGACAACUGCAUCUCUGUGAUAAUCACAGAGGAAUCAGUUUGACUAAUAUAGUGUAUAAAAUAUUAGCUUCAAUGAUACUUCGACGCCUAACCAAAGCUCGUGAAGAACAGACUAGAGAAAAUCAGGCUGGUUUUCGACCUGGACGUGGUUGUAUAGACCAGAUAUUCACACUACGUCAGGUCCUAGAACACAGACACACAUUCAGACGCCCCACAAUGGUAGUAUUUCUCGACCUUAAGGCGGCAUUCGACUCUGUUGAUAGUGAGGUUCUAUGACAGUGUUUGUCACUGAAAGGAGUACCAAAGAAGUACAUUAACCUUGUAAAGGCUCUCUAAUCGAACACAACUGGUAGAGUGAGAGCUUAUGGCGAACUGUCAUCAGAAUUGAUUACCUCAAGUGGUGUUCGUCAGGGCUGUCCACUCUCUCCAUUCUUGUUUAACUUGGUCGUCGACGUGCUUUUAGAGAUGACGCUUUCCCCAUCUGACUUUUCAGGGGUUGAACUUCUACCAGGAGAUUCACUUGUUGACUUGGAAUAUGCCGAUGACAUAGUUCUAUUUGGUGAAGACGCUGACAAAAUGCAGAGUCUUCUGACCACUCUAAGCAACAAUGCAAACAUGUUCGGCAUGCGAGUCUCCCCCUCGAAAUGCAAAAUUUUGCUUCAGGAUUGGGUUGCAUCGGCACCCGAACUAAUGAUAGGGAGUGAAGUAAUUGAGUGUGUCGACCGCUUCAUUUAUCUUGGAAGUCUCAUCAGCCCUUGUGGUCUGGUGUGUGACGAAAUCUCAGCACGGAUACUGAAGGCUCGACUAGCUUUUGCCAACCUGCGUCACUUAUGGAGUAGGCAAGAUAUCCGUUUACCAACCAAAGGACGUGUUUACUGCGCAGCAGUUCGUUCUGUCGUACUUUACGGCAGUGAAACGUGGCCGGUAAGAGUAGAGGAUAUUCCUAGGCUACUAGUAUUCGAUCAUAGAUGUCUUCGAAACAUUGCUCGUAUAUCCUGUAACCAUCGAGUAAGUAAUGCAGUUGUUAGGAAACAGGUACUAAGUAAGGAUGGCAAAUCAAUUGAUGACGUAGUGAAACUUCAGCAGUUGAGAUGGCUGGGACAUGUGUUACGUAUGCCCAACCACCGACUGCCUCGAUGUGCUGUUUUGUUGUAUAGGAGUAGAUUGGAAGAAAGCUAGGGCGGCCACACCAAAACAUGGCACAAAUCGAUGAAGUCACUGACAAGUGGACUGAGUCAUGUUGGUAGGUGUGGACUACCUGGUUGGGGAUCGCGAGAUGAUAUCAACCGAUGGUUAGAGACCCUGAAUUACAUACCUCAAAAUCGUUUGCAAUGGCGCAGAUGCAUCCACUCUUUGUGUUCUCCCAAAUUCUAAUCUUCUGAAUUCUUUAUGUCCCUUUUCUUUUGUCUUUCCAAAUUUAUUUCACUGGAUUAUACUCCUUAAAUAACAUCUUCAAACCCUAAUUUUUCUGAUUACUGCUUAUAAUUUUCCUACCUCUACCAAUAUGGGAUUUGAAUCAACAACUGUAUCUCUGUGCUAAUGUGGUAUGUCGACUCGAACUGAUGUACGUAAGUACGUACGAAGUCCUACGUUGUUACUGACUGACUGACUGACGUUGCAUGAGGGGCAAAUCAAAUGACUGAUUCACAGUUGUGCUUGCUUAUUUUCGUAUGAUGUACCAAACAACACGAAGCGUUUAUAAACAACCAACCAAAAAAUAUUUUUAUUCGUCAUUAUUUGCAUUAAGAAACUCACUCCAACUGUCAUAAUUCGAUUAUCUUUAACUGAUAUGUUCUAUUUAACAAACAGCAUACCAAAUCUCUUACAAAUUAUUCUAUAAUGCGAAGAAGACAACUCGUUUCAACCAGUUUAACAGGUGAAUUUGUACACUUUAUACACUAUAUCAGUCAUUAUAGUGUGGAUAAACUCUAAUCGUAGCUGUAACCUUGAUGUGGUUAUCGGGCUUAAAAAUCGCAACGACCCAACCAAGCUACAUUGGCUGGAACACGUGUUACUUUACGUCCGACCAUCCCAAGCAUAUAGAUUGGAGAGCAGUAAAAUGAAACUCAUAGUCUGAAGGCAACGUCUUACUUCUUAUCAUAGAGAGGUGUGACGACAUCACUCUUUACCCCAGACAGUCAACAUCUAAAGUUAUCUUACCUUCCCACAACGGAAGGAGGCAUCAGGAACGUCAACCGUGGAAACAAAACACACUACCUUGCCUCACGGAUUCCCAAAAUAGACAAACAUCCUUGAAAAGUAUGGAGCUAGCACUUCUAAAACUACUCACUAAAAGGUCGUGUUUGACCAGCUCCAAUCAGUUAUUGCUUAAGUAAUUGCAAUCACGCUUUCAAGUCACUAACGUCACUAAAAACCCGAUUUCCCGAUUUCAGGUCUCUCCAAAGGAGUAUCUUUUUACGGUAUGAAGUGACAACUUAACUACUAAGUUGUUAUAGUUAUAUUUUUGGUCAAAAUUUGUCAGCGCCUAUUAUUUUGUCUUUCAAUAAGCAGAUCUAUCCAGGAAAAGUGUCUUCAAACAUUUUAAUUCCAGGCGUGUUAAAUAAGUUUUUACUAUGCAAGUAGAGUAUAAAUUCGAUGUGGAUUAUGCCAAAAGUAACAGAUCUAAGUGCAAUAAAUGCAGAGUUGAAAUCGACCAAAAUUCUCUGCGUAUCGCCAUGUUGGUACAAGCACCAAAUUUCGACGGGAAAAUCCCCAGAUGGUUUCAUUACGAUUGUUUCUGGAAAUCGAAAGCGCAUGUUGAGAGUACUGCUGAGAUUAAACAUUUCGAUUCCAUUCGUUGGGAAGAUCAAGAAAAAAUUAGAUCUGCAAUCAAUAGUGAAAUCGGUUCUUUAAAGCCAACCAAAACCCGUAAAUUCACUGUGAAGUUAUCAGAUGGGGAUUUAUCGUGUACUCAUUGCCAGAAACCACUAAAGCAUGAACGUCAUACAGUAUGUGAAUCUGGGAAAAAGCCAACAUUGAUGUGUCACCUAUCCUGUUUUCUUAAAAGUAAUGAGUGUCCAGAGGAUAUUUCACAACUGAUAGGUUUUCGUAAAUUGUCAACUGUCGAUCAGGAUGCAGUUGUUUUGGCAUUUCGUGAAAACUCAAAGGAAAAUCGUAAACGUCCUGGACAGCAAACUGAACAAGAUUCAAAAUUGAAAAAACCUAAAUUAAAUGGAGAUGUUGAACAGGAUGAAUUACGUAAACAAAAUAAAUUAUUAUGGAGUUUAAGAGAUAAACUAGAAAGUCAAGUAUCCAAAGAAGCAUUAAUUGGUUUAUUGGAAUACAAUAAACAACAUGUUCCAUCUGGAUUAUCUCGUUUAUUGGAUGCAGUUGCUGACGCUAUGAUAUUCGGUGCUCUACAAUAUUGUCCUAGUUGUAAAAAUGGACCAUUACAUUAUAGUAAUGGACAGUUUAAAUGUAGUGCUAUGGCAACUGAAUGGGUUCAAUGCCUUUAUUAUACACGGACACCUGAUCGAAGAAAGUUUAAAAUACCUGAGGAAUAUCAUGAUGUUGAUUUUUUAAAAAAUUACAAAUAUGUUAAGCGUACACGAUUAUUUCCACCUGAUUCAGUGUCUGAUGUUACUGGUCCAUUAACUGGCCUGUUUUUCUACAUUACAAAUGGACCGUUCGACAGCGGAAAAACAAAAGAACAAUUAAUACGUGAAUUGGCCAAUCUAGGUGGUGCUAUUAUGAGUAAGCUCAGUGUUAAUUCAAUUGUUGUCUCCACAUUGAACGAAUUGGAACAAAUUCAAAGUGAUAAUAAUGAUACGAAUAAAACUUACUCGAAAGAAGCACUGACAACUGCACGUUCUUAUGGUUUACGUGUCAUCAAUGAACAAUUCUUAUCAGAAUUCAAUCCUAACAGUUUGGACUCUAAAAAAUUGGAAUCGAAAAUCCAGCAACUCUUAGCCAAAUAUACAAUAUCCAAUUGGGAGGUGAAGGUAUGUACACUAGACGCGUAUUCAAACAUCAAAACACAGCGGUUGUCUCUGGUGUUUUCUUUUUUAAUAGGAAUUGUUUAUUUACAUUAAAUGCUAUUAUCCAUUAGCACCCAUUGCGCACUAUAAUUUUAGUGAUUAGGUAGUAAAAAACAUGGCCUCUGCAACACUCCAAGGUUGUGGGUUCAAUCAGUGAUAGUGUUGUAGGUGCAUACACUUCUGAUAAGUCGCAGUUCGUUUAAAAAUAGUUGUUCGGUGCUCCUUGGUCUUUAAUAACUGUUCAUAACCAAAUCUAGUCAGUCCAUGAUGUAAACUACCCUUUAAAUUGAUUAGUCUCCACAAAUCUCUCGUCUUAACCAUAAGAAAUAUGAUUUGGAAAGUGUGAGUAACCGGUUUGCAUAGCUCGCUUUGCUCUUAUUAGCAUGACUCACUUGUGGCGUAGGCAAGAUGUCCAUCUGCCUGACGAGCAUACUGCGCAUCAAUUUGUUCUGCUCUACUACAUCACUGUGGAUUGUGGCUUUUAAAAAUGGGCUAUUAGUAUUUGAUCAUAGAUAACUUUGAUGCAUAUGUAGCGCAUGUUUGGAUCACUGAAAGCCCUGUUGAGAUUACAUGCAUGUUGCUAAAUAAACAUGAUGAAUCAGUUGAUUAGGCAGUAAAUCCCUAUUGAAUAAGAUAGUUGGAACAUGUAUUACGUAGCCUUGACCACAACACCUACCUCGACGUGAUAUUUUUGUCAAUAUAGGAAUAGAUUGAAAGGAAGCUAGGGGGAAUGGGUGACCAAAUCAAAAUUUCCCCUAGCUUUCUUCCAAUCUAUUCUUAUAUCAACAGAUAUCAUGUUAAGUUAGGUGGUUUGGUUAAUGCUACGUAAUACAUGUCCCAACUAUUUUAUUUCAGUCCAUAAAGUCAUUGACUUAUUGAACUAAGCUGCGUUGGUUGGUUAGUUGGUUAAUGCAAACUAUCAAGUUGGGAUUCUCUCGAUCGAUCAUGGUUGUAGAUGUUGCAUGGUAUAGCUGAAAUAUCAACCAGGCGAAUUUUACUUACUGACAUAUUAGAAUAUUAAAUCCAGUAUACAUUUUUUUACAUUCCUUACUUUCUUUCCUUCUCUAUGGAUUAUUACAACUACUGGGAUUGUUCUUACCGGAAGGCUCGUGCAUUAAAAGUUGAGAAAGAGGUGAAAAAUUUACUAUUGAAUGAUGAUAACGGUGAACAAGAAAUGAUGCGAAUGAUAAUGAAAAAUGGUGCAGUGGUUGAUCCUCAAUCAGAACUGGUCAAUAAAGCCACAGUAUUGAAAGAUGAGAAGGGAGAAUUCAUGACUGCUGUACUCGGUAUGGUUGAUUUAAUCAAAGGUUCCAAUUCAUUUUACAAACUUCAAGCGCUUCAAUCUGAUAAAUCAUCACGUUGUUGGGUAUUUCGCGCAUGGGGUCGUAUUGGUACAUCGAUUGGUGGCACUAAAAUUGAAUCGUUUCCUAAUGCCACUUCAGCUCGUUCAACAUUCAAAGAGAUUUAUUUUGAAAAAACUGGCAAUGAAUGGGAGGAUCGUAAAAACUUUCGUAAAAUGCCACAUAAAUUCUAUGAGCUAGAAUUAGAUUAUAACUCUUCAAAGAAGAAUGAAAUUCAAACUAUCAGUAAUAUACCAUGUAAACUACACCCGGCUCUACAAUCGCUCUUAAAAUUUAUUUGUGAUGUUAAAUCUAUGGAAAAAACAAUGGCGGAAUUUGAACUUGAUCUAAGAAAAAUGCCUUUGGGUAAACUGUCUAGUAAUCAAAUUCAUGAAGCUUAUGAUGUAUUGAAUUCUCUCAGUAAACUUGUUAGUUCACGUCCUUCUACUAAACAACAAUCUCAACCAUUGGAUCGAACACAAAUACUAAGUGAAUCUACACGUUUCUAUACAUUGAUCCCGCAUGAUUUCGGUUUCAAAACACCACCAAUGUUAGAUAAUAAGAAAAUUAUUACCAAGAAAAUACGCAUGUUAGAAGAUCUGUUAGAAAUUGAAUUAGCUUAUAAAAUGCUACAAACUAAAGGAGAUUCUAAACGUAAUCCAUUGGAAGAGCAUUAUGAACAGUUGCAUACUAAAUUAGAGCCUUUAGAUAGUAAUUGUGAAGAUUAUAAAUUGAUUUUGGAUUAUGUACGUGAGACUCAUGGCGCUACACAUACACAAUAUACACUCGAAGUAUUAAAUAUCUUUGAAGUACAUCGUGAUGGAGAGGAUAUUCGUUUUGCCAAGUGUAAAAUUGCUCAACAUAAUAAACAGUUGUUAUGGCAUGGUUCACGUCAAACAAAUUGGAUGGGUAUAUUAUCUCAAGGUUUACGAAUUGCACCGCCUGACGCUCCAGUUACUGGUUAUAUGUUUGGCAAAGGUAUUUAUUUCGCUGAUAUUGUCAGUAAAUCAGCUAAUUACUGUUUUACGACACAAUCUCAACCGGAAGGACUCUUACUAUUAUGUGAAGUUAUCCUAGGUGAUAUGAAUGAAUGUUUACAAGCGGACGCGAGUGACUUGCCACCAAACUAUCAUAGUCGUAAAGGCAUUGGGUCAGUUACUCCGGAUCCGUCGACAUUUCACACCAAUAAAGAUGGUGUUGUUUAUCCUAUUGGUAAACCGAUUGAUUCAAAUGUAGCAAAUACCACUUUGUGUUAUAAUGAAUACAUUGUAUACCAUGUAUCACAAGUGAAACAAAAAUAUUUAGUUCGAGUGAAAUUUCAUUACAAAUGAACAACAAAAAACGAAAUUGUUUUUUGUUCACAGCUAAAAAUUGUCAUCUCAAUUACUCUAUUUCUUAUAUCAAUCGUUUUGCUCAUGGUGUGUGUACGUGUCGUUGAUUAAUCUCGGUGCGUUUAUUACAUACAAUCAAUUUUAUUAUUCUCCGGUGUCUGAAUCAUUUCGAGUAUUCUUUUCAUUUAUCUUCUGUUGCAUUUAAGACCAACAUUAUUAUUAUUUUCGUUAUUAUCAUCUAUAGAGCUUAACAUAUAUACAUUCGUAUCAUUCAUUUGAACUCCUGAGAUCAUUUCACAGAGUCAAUAAAUCAAUCAAAUACGUUCA